AACGGCCGCACUUUGUUUUUCUUUCAUCUUUUCUGGGGGCGCGCUCACGUGAGGUGAGGGAGGUCUUGCCGUGAACGCGCCUCAUCUUCUUCGCUCAACAGCUGCACCGGCAGGCGGCACGCUAACUAACCACACACGCUAACUAACCACACACGCUAACUAACUAGCCACAGCAACGGCAACGCGACACUACAAAACCCGACACAAACCCGGAAACGUCAGAAAGUCUUCUGCUUUAAAACAAACUCAACCACACAAACACACGCGCAAAAUGUUAACGGUCAAGUCGUUGUCGUUCGGACCCUGAACGCACCACCGGACGCCUUCAAGUCGGCAUCACCUUGACGAGCAUCCCAGCAUGCCGACCGACGCUCGGCUGCCGUUCCCGGAGAGCCCGGACGGACCGGGCCGAGACAGCUUGACGAGCAGCGGCGCCGACGUCCCGGGACCCGGCUCCAGCAUGACCCCUCACGCCAGCCACCCGGCCAAGGCGGCCGAGCCGCCAUCUUGCAUGUUCUGCGACAAGACCUUCACCCACCAGGACGAGGUGGGCGCCCACGUCCUGACGCAGCACCCCACCACCUUCUUCGAGCCGGCCGUGCUCAGGAUCGAAGCGGAAUUCCGGAUCCCGGGUCAGAGGGCGUGGCCCGAAGCGGGCAGUUCGGCGGCGCACCAAGAGGAGGGUCACAGCUGCGUGGUGUGCGGCCAGGCGUGGCGGGACGCCGGCGAGCUGGAGAACCACCUGAGGAAGCACAAGGACUACUUCGCCUACUGCUGCCACGUGUGCGGGCGGCGCUUCAGGGAGCCCUGGUUCCUCAAGAACCACAUGAAGAUGCACGGCAAGACCGGCGGCCGGAGCAGGGCCCCGCAGGACCAGGAGAACCCGGUCACGGUCAACGGCGUGGUCCAAGAGGCCGGGUCCGAGCCCGUGGUCACCGCCUACAAGAUGUGCAUGGUCUGCGGGUUCUUCUUCCCGGACCACGACAGCCUUGUGGAACACAGUCAGGUCCACAACCGAGAGCCGGAGCCCGGCAAAGACGAAGUCCCGGACUCGCGAUACGUGAGCCAGUACAGCUUUCUUCACGGCCUGGACCUCCAGCCUCGUCCCCCGGGAAAGCCUUUGCAACCCGAAAGGACGUCCAAAUGGAUCCCCCAGCUGGACCCCUACAACACGUUCCAGGCCUGGCAGCUGGCCACCAAGGGCAAGAUCGCCGUGGGUCCCGUCUCCACGAAAGACCUGGGCCAGGAGGCCAGCACGGACAACGAGGACUGCGGCUCGGACAAGGAGCAGACGAACCCGGCGUGGCCCGACGCUCCAGGAGACAAAGCUGCCAGGGACGCUCCGGGCCGAGAGCUCCGGUCCCAGCACCAGGCCGCGGAACGCCGCCGGGAGCCGCGACUGCUGCAGCGCCGGUCCUGGAUGCAACACGCCAAAGACACGGAACGGCCCACCACCUGCGACGAGUGCCUGCGGACCUUCAGGACCUACCACCAGCUGGUGCUGCACUCCAGAGUGCACAGGAAGGAGGCGGGGGGGGACAGUCCCGCCGAGGGGACGCUGUCCAGGGCCGGCUCUGCGGACCGCGUGGACGACGGCGAGGACGGCGCCGAGGAUGCGUCUCUGGCGGAACGCUUUGCUGCAGGCGAGGACGGCCUGGACCGCGCCAAGGUUCGAUCCAAGCACUGCAGCUACUGCGGCAAGUCCUUCCGAUCCAGCUAUUACCUCACCGUGCACCUGAGGACCCACACAGGUGAGAAACCCUACAAGUGCGUCUACUGCGACUACGCCGCCGCCCAGAGGACGUCCCUGAAGUACCACCUGGAGCGCCGCCACAAGGACAAACCUUACGUGGAGAUCCCCAGCAAACCGGGUCUGUCCCCGAGCGACGGGAAACUCGCCAACGAGGCCGCCAAGAGUUCCGAGGACACGGCGACGAGGAAAAGCCCCGAAAGCGAAGACAAAGCGGCGGCUGAAAAUGCGUCCGUCACGCCGCCCCCGAGGGCGGAAAAGGAGGAAGACCAGGACCCCGAGGCGCCCUUGAAUCUGUCCUUAAAAAUGUCCCUGUCCGUCCCAGCCAGGAAGGUGUCAAGCGCGUCUGCGUGCUCCCUGUGCGCGUACCAAAGCAUCUACCCCGAGGUCGUGAUGAUACACAAGCAGCUGAGCCACAAGGAGAAGUCGGACGUCGGCAGGAAGAAUCUUUACAGCAAGCAGAGACGCCUCACGGGGUGCCCGCCCGCCCUCCAGGGCCGAGACGUCCCCCCGCUCGACACCCUCGAGAGGCGCCACCCUCGCCGAACCAAGUCCCCGCCCCCUCAACCUUCAAGACCCAAAGAGCCCACACCCAAGCGGACCCCGGACGCACCUCUCAGCGACGGUCCCCGGAGUCGCCUUUCGGAGCCGACACGCUUCAUAGACGCGGCCAGGGGGUGCCGGACCGAGCAACCGCCCACCGCGGAGAGGGUGGCGUCUGCCGAGAGGAGUUUCCCCGGGCGAAGCGGCGGCGCCGUAUGGAAGUCGGACGCCGCUCGCCUCUUCCUGUCCGGCCCGUUCGGGAGCCUCCCGCCUGUUGGCGAGCCGUCUGUCAAGCGGCUGAAGGUCACCCUGCCUGCUGGGGCCCCCGCCACCGGGAGGCCCGGCUUCCGGGGAGCGCCCUCGGGGGAGGGGGCCAUCAUCAGGCCGCCGCCUCAAGGGAGGGCCGUCAAAGCGACGCCACCCGCAGAAGCCCUGGGCCCGAUCAAGAGCACGUCCAUCGCCGCCAUCGGCGCCGGUUUGGCCCCCGACUGGAAGGUGAUGAACCUCCUGCACUCCUGCGCCCCCAGCAACCUGCCGCCCCUCUAUUACCCCGUCCCGGGGAACCCCAACCACGGGGGGCCGCCUACCCCAAGAGCAGGGGGCAGGAGCGUGCUGUUCCAACACCUGACCCGACCCCCACCCAAUCUGCAGAGGAGGGAGCCCCCAGGCCCCGCCCCCAAGCACCCCUGACGUCUUUCGUCUCGUCAAAGGCUGCCAUCUUCGUUUGGAACGUCGGGUGUUGCUCUACGUCCAUCUUCCGUACUUUGGCCGACCUUCAGUUCCUGUUGGAGCCCCGUGGCGGGGGUUUCCAAGGCAACGCCAUCCGGGUUUACGUGUAGGCGGGGUUCAAAGAGCACGACUCCUGCGUCCUCGUCUUCAAGACGCCGGGAACGCCCGUCUUUUUUUUUUUUUCUUUUUUGGUGACUUUUCAAUGAACUUUGCUGAUGUUUGAAGGCAGCUUGUUGAGGACGAGAAGAAAAGGUCUGGUCUCCUUCCAAGACCUGGUCCGCCUUCUCCAGAGUUUGGGUUAAGUUAUUGUUUUUCUUCUCUUUCACUUUGACUCAAAUGUCAAAUAUGUUUUCACAUUUCUAUAUGACACGUUUCAAUAAAGAGAGGCAAUAAGAAGCGCCCUGAUUAUUACAAAAAUGAUACGCCCAUUUUUUCCAUAAAUACAAUCAAAACUAAAAACAA